AUGACACUCACAGCGAUACUAGUUUCCGGUAUUGCAGUGCUUUUGGCACUAUUUUACUAUUUAUCAAAACAUAAAUUCGACUACUGGAAGGUACGUAAUGUACCCUACCCAGAACCAAUCCCACUGUUUGGAAACUACAAACAGUAUAUUUUAUUAAAGAAGUUCAUCACCGAAGUUGUUGACAAACUCUGCGAGAAGUUCCCAAAGGAACCGUAUUUCGGUGCAUUUCUCGGAACUGAACCCACACUUAUCGUUCAGGACCCAGACUACAUCAAGCUUAUGUUAACGAAAGACUUUUAUUACUUCAGCAGUCGAGAAAUUGCAGAACACUCCCAUCGCGAGAUCCUCACUAGGAACAUAUUCUUCACAAGCGGUGACAGAUGGAAGAUUUUGAGGCAAAACGUAACACCUCUGUUCUCUUUAGCCAAGAUGAAAAAGAUGUUUUAUUUAAUUGACGAUUGCACAAAGAGUUUUGAGAGAGUACUCGACGAUAUCACCAAGCAACCCAGCGUUGAAGUGAGAAAUUUAAUGUCUAGAUAUACCAUUGACUGUAUCGGAUCUUGUGCUUUCGGUGUUAAUGCAAAAGCUAUGAACCUAGAAGAUACAAACAACCCCUUCGUAAAGAUUGGCCAAAAGAUUUUUGAGAAUACCAACUACAGAGGUUUUAAAGUUGUCAGUCGCGUUAUAUGGCCGUCGAUAUUCUAUAACUUAGGUCUUAAAGCGUUCCCUUCCGAGAUACCAGCAUUUUUCGACAAUUUAUUGAAGAACGUAUUCCAACAGCGACAAUAUACAAAUUCGGGCAGGCAUGAUUUCGUUGACCUAUUGUUGGAUUUAAAAGCUAACAAGUUUAUUACUGGAGAUAGUAUCAAUAAUUUGAAGGGAGAAGCGAAGAAGACGUCCAUGGAAGUCGACGAUGAGUUGCUAUCAGCUCAAUGUAUGUUAUUUUUUGCGGCCGGAUUUGAAACAUCGGCUACGACCCUAAGCUUUCUAUUAUUUGAACUGGCGAAACAUCCAGAAAUACAAAAGCGGGCAUUAGAGGAGGUCGAUAACUAUUUUAAGAAACAUGACAAAUUGGCAUACGAAUGUGUGGCUGAAACUCCCUUUAUAGAUGCAUGCAUUAACGAAACACUACGCAUUUAUCCAGUUGUAGGCGUUCUAACACGAGAAGUUGUGGACGAUUACAAACUCUCAAGUGGAGUUCUUCUGAACAAGGGUCUAAGGAUACACAUUCCGGUACAUAAAAUUCAAAAUGAUCCUGAAUUUUUCCCGUAUCCAGAGGAAUUUCGACCAGAAAGAUUUAUGGGCGCUGAAAAAGAAAACAUUCGUCCUUUCACUUAUAUGCCUUUUGGAGAAGGACCGAGGACGUGUAUUGGAAUGAGAUUCGCUAAAAUGCAAAUAAUAGCUGGUUUGCUGGCAAUGCUGAAGAAGACACGAAUCGAAUUAGCUGAUGACACAAAAAUGGACGUGGAGUAUGAACCAAGGGCCUUAACGACACAACCGAGCCAUGGUAUCAACCUAAAAUUCAUCCGAAGGGACGUGCAAUGCUAG